CUGUUGCUACCAUCAGUCGUUCCAGUUGCUUACCACUGGGUCCUGUAAAACGAUGCUUCGCUUUAAGAGCACACUCCUGCUGGCAGCAACUUGUCUGCAUGUAUAUGGAGGUGGGCCUAUAAACACUGUCACCACCUGUGGAGGUAUCCAUCACCUGAGCUGUGUAGAUUUUGGAGUGAUCAGUGUUGAGACAGCACUGUAUGGACGUGCAGACAGUGUGACUUGCAGCAACGGAAAACCUCAGCAAAUGAUUUCUAACACACAGUGCUCUCUGGAAGGUGCUGUAGAUGUCCUCAAGAGAAGGUGUAAUGGAAAGCGGGUGUGUGAACUGGACACAAAUGUCUUUGCAACUGAUCCCUGCAGGGGCACCUUUAAAUAUCUGCAGACCAAGUUCACCUGCCUCCCAAUAUUUCAUCGUGUGACAUGUGAACACUCUUUGGCACACCUGGAAUGUACUGAAGCAAUGGUUCUAUCUGUCUUCAGUGCUGAUUAUGGACGCUGGGACAAGACCACAUGUUCUUACAAUCUGAUUGCCUCUCAGAUGCAAAAUACUGACUGCUCAAGCUCCAGCAGUGAAGUAGCUGACAGUUGCAAUGGGAAAACCAGCUGUAUUAUCCCGGCGAGCAACUCAUUUUUUGGAGACCCCUGUUAUGGCACUGUAAAGUACUUGGAGGUGGCUUACAGUUGUGAAUAUCUUUCAAAUGAUAUUUCACAUGUUUGAUCUCACCUGAGGAGUCUGUGCAAAAAUGCUGAAAUCACAAUAAUAUCACAAUAUGCAUGGAUUUAAUAAAAUACAGCAAGUCAGCAAUGUGUCCGGUCAAGAGGGAAGAGGUUUAUGUUUUUGCUAUUGUACUCAUAAUGAAUUACAAAUCUAAAGAAAUGUGCACCAUAAAAGCUUCAUGAAUUUAUUUCUGAUUUCAACCAGAGCAUGUUAUAACUGGAGCACCCAUUCACUCUUAAAGAUGUUUUAUCAGAUCCUUUGAAAAGACAUUACAGACUAAAUACUAAUCAUAGAAGCACAUGACCUUAAAAAAAACAGGGACUAAGAUUUUGCAGUCUACAUAGACCUUAAAGACAAGAAGCAAUUCUUCAAGGAAGAAAAUGUGAGAGACUGGCGAUGUAAGUCACAAAUGAACCCUUUUGCUUUCAGAUUGAAAAAGGGGUUUGACAGCAACAUCACAGUACUGUAAAGUGGAAGACUGGCCCCUGAGAUGUACAAGUGUAAAUGAUCUUUUUGAUUGGUGAAGAGAGAGCACUGUUGUCACAUGUGCUGAUGGCUUUUUGCUGAAUUUGGUCAGAAGAGUUGUCAAACUGGUCACCUACGAUGGGAUCUUCUACAGUCAUGUUCUGCUUCACGCUCAGCAUUACACUGUCAAGGAUGACUAGAGCAACAAGGCUGGGAUCGAGUUGACCGAUUGAGUUGAAAUUAAGAAGCUUUGGAGUCAGAAUGAAGAUGCUUUCCUGAGGUUGCUUUAUUAUACACUAUCCAAGCAUGGGGCCUAGUCAUCAUUAAGCUUUGUGCACAGUAUGGGCAUACAUUAUUACCAAAAAAUAAACCAGGCAGGAUGUUUACAGUCCGUUUAAAUAUUGUAAUGAAAAGUCAAAUGUAUGUUAUAAAAUCUUUGGAAAAUAA